AUGUCCAAGAAUUCAAAGAAGAAGUUCGAGAGAAUUAAAGAGGAGGUUGACGCAGCAAAGGCAGCCAUUAUUGGAUCAAAGGCGUAUGAACUCUACAAGAAAAGUGGUCGAAGCAGGAGGCCGUACCAAAUUAAUUUGUACAGCAAAGGUUGCAGAAGCAGAGACGUAAGCAGCGUGAAAAUUGAGUUGAAGGACAUCGAGAACUUCGCAUUGGUCAAAAACAGGGCGAUUGAAACAAGCGAAAAAGAGGCAGAAAAAUGCAAGUUGAAAAUUUUUGAUGAGUUGACAGCCCCAAAAAUGGAACAGCAGAGCGAAUCAGAGAAGUUGUUGGCAAUAGAGAAAAAGAAGCUCGCUGUGAUCAUCAAACAUUUCAGAUCAAUAGAUAUGCUGCGGGGCAGAGAGGCCCCGAAGGAGGAUAUGAGCGAAAAGAGCACCACCAGGGCGACUGGAAGUCCAUACGAGGACAAUCGAUACGUUUACUACUUGAAAAAGCUCAAAUUGCUCGCAAACUACUCAAAUAGGGACAUAACCAAGAAAUACGUCCUAGACAAGUCGAAAGCCCUACGAGACAGAUGCGGUAGAAAUGAAGCGGGAGAUUUGGGACAGAAGACGUACAGAUUGGCUGAAAAUAGCCCAGAAAGAGUGGUGGUUGAGGCAGCAGCCAUUGGAAAAGACGAGACGGCCAAAAUUACACAAAUUAAGCUUAACAAGAUACGAGAAUACGAAUACUUCAAAAUAGACGACGAUUACGACAGAGGGGAAUUCGAAUACGCCGUGUACAAGUUCGAGGACGAUCUGGUGAAGAUAUCCAACUACCUGGAGAUGCCAAUUCAACAGGUCAUUUUGCUCUACUACACAAAUCACUUUACGCAUAGGAUAACAGACGCAUUGUGCGAGAUCGUAGCAGUUCGCGAAUGGUGUCCGGAAGACAAAGAGCUCUUUGCUGCCUGCUACAGGAAGCAUGGGAGAAAGAUAGAAAACUAUUUCAACCACACUUUUCAGGAGUUGAAGACAGAAGAAGACUUACGGCUGUACUACUUCUACUACAAUAACAAAAUAAUUGGAGAAACCUGGUCAUUUGACGAGAGAGGCGUCUUCCAGUAUUUGUUUGACGUAUUCAAGAAGGACUGGAUCAUGUAUACGCCAGAAGGAAUCAAAAUCAUAAAUUCUGGUUGCAUAAACGACGCAAUAUCGUAUCGCGUAUUGAACAAACACACCCACGAUAUAAAGAGCUAUUACAACAACUACUUUAAGAGAUUAUCAGACGAGGAAAUGAGGGAUGAUGCGAUCAGAUACAACGCGAAUUACGAUUGGCUUCUUUUGGACAAAAUGGCCCAAAGAUACGCCCUUCUUGACCGUAAGAAGAAGAGAAAACUAGAUAAUGACAACAUUACUGAACGGACUGAGUAA